AUGGUUGACCGCCCCAACAAGCCCGCCGCCCUGGCCACCACGCCCGGCCUGCCCCCGCAAGCCCAGGUCAACAUCACCCACGACAACAGCCGCGUGAACGCCGUCCUGCCCUCGGGAGAGAGCAUUGAGGUGCUUCUGUACGGCGCCACCGUCACCAGCUGGAAGGACCGCGCCGGCAACGAGCGCCUGUGGUUGUCUGAUGCCGCCAAGCUCGACGGCAGCAAGGCCGUCCGGGGUGGCAUCCCCUUGGUUUUCCCUGUCUUUGGCACUGCACCCGACCACGCCGCAACAUCCAAGCUCCCCCAGCACGGCUUUGCGCGCACGUCGAUCUGGGAGUUCAUGGGGAGCUCGACCUCGGAAUCCACCGGCAAGUCCGACAACUCAGUCAAGCUGGACUUUGGUCUCAGCCAGUCCAACCUGACCGACGAGUCCAAGAAGCUGUGGCCGCACCCCUUCUCGCUGCAGUACAGCGUCACCCUCACCCCGGACAGCCUGGGCACCGGCAUGGUCAUCACGAACCAGGGCGACCAGCCCUUCGAGGCCCAGCUCCUCAUGCACACCUACCUGCGCGUCAAGGACAUCACCAAGGUCUCGGUGACGGGUCUCGAGGAGUCUGACUACGUCGACAAGGUGGACGCCGCCAAGACCAAGAAGCAGUCGGGCACCGUCACCAUCUCGGGCGAGACGGACCGCGUCUACACGCCGGCCAAGGGGCCCUCGCAUCCCGUCGUCGUCUCCGAGGGCGGCGCAGCCACGUUCACCGUGGUGCGGGAUAACCUGGACGACGUCGUGGUGUGGAACCCCUGGAUUGAGAAGGCCGCCGGUAUGGGCGACUUUGAGCCCAAGGACGGCUACAAGAACAUGAUCUGCAUCGAGGCCGGCGCAGUCAAGGGAUGGCAGAAGCUGGAGGCCGGUGAUGCCUUUGAGGGCGCCCAAGUCAUCUCGGUCUGA